AUGUCAUCCACCCAUAUUCUCUCCAACGCGUUGCCUUCAGAUGCUGUUGCAAUAGCCGCCAUCUUGGCACUGUCGUGGAAAUCGCCCUUCUCUCAGCUCCAGUUUGGAAGUACGGAUCCACACACACUAGCUGCUGCAAUCACACCUCGCAUCGCCCAGCAGAUAACGGAUGCAAGUAUGCUAUUCCAUGUGGCGCGUAGGCGUGGAACUCAACAAGUUGAAUCGGUGGCGCAAUGGACUGUGCCCUCUGAUGUGUCUGACGCAGCUAUGGUGGAGUCGGCGAGGCAGAGGGAAGAGCGGCAGGAGUUUGAAGAUGAGGUGUACUACAACUCAUUGCCUGAAUAUUGUAACAACCCCCUGAUUAUGGCAUUCACCGUUGGACUUCGGAGCCUGAGGGAGCGUGUGCUCUGCGAGCGAAAACAUUUCUUGCUCGAGAAUAUCGCCACACACCCAGACCAUCGAGGGCAGGGCCUGGCCGCGCAACUGAUAGAGCGUGUCCUUUCCCAGGCCGAUAAGCAGCAAGUCUUGGUAUACCUGGAUACUGCCAGUGAUAAUAGUGCCGCACACUUGUAUAAACGACUUGGAUUCGAAGAACAAGGCUGUCACACCAUCAGAAACUUGAGCCGAUUCGUCGAAGAGGCAGAGUUGGAGAGAAUGGGGGUCGGCAAUGACCACACCCAUGUUGCUUUUGUGAGAUAUCCGACAACCAAAGCAUGA